AUAAAAUUUAUAUUUCUACUAUUCUCAUUUUUCGUGUUAGUUCAAAGCGCCUGUUUUGACAAUGGAGACAAGGAAGUCAGAGGACUGUGCUACAAAUUUGUUCCUCAGAAGCUAGCAUACGAGGAUGCUCGAAAUUGGUGUCAUUAUCAGAAUCCAGUGACGUCAUCUUAUUUGGCAUAUGUUCCAGAUGCCUCAACUUCUUCUUUUUUGGCAUCUUACGCGCGAACCGCAUUUGGCUAUAACAACGUAAACUUUUGGAUUGGUCUCAACCGUAACAACUCCAACAGACAAUGGUUCUGGGAUAAUGGAACUCCAGUUGGAUUCACCUAUUUCGAUUUCCUCGGAAGCCAGAAUUAUGCAGCCGAAUCUACAGUUAACUCAAAAUGGAACACUUUCAUGGACACCGAAGCUUUCUACUUCGCAUGCAGUUAUGAUCCACAGGCUCCACCCACUUUUGCUCCAGUGUCGACACCUCCGGUUCCAACAACUACA